UUUUAUGUGCACUUUUAUAAAAUUUCUAAAAAUACAUUUUUUGUUCUGAUUCAAGGAUUAUUUUUUUCUGGUUAUAAACUAUUUCGAGAACAAUAUUUCUCUGAGCGAAGACAUUAUAUGUAUCUUAAGGGCGCUAUGUACAAGCCAUUCAGGAGUGAUAAGCUGCGCCAUCUGUCUAUGCCCUUUUAAAUGAUUAACCUCUCGGAAAACAAUGAACAAUCACGGAGAAUCAGAAAAUACUUGAUGACAUCGAGAAAUAGGGAGGAAUUAACGCAAAGGCAGGCAGGACUGAAUCUCAACAUGAUAUGAAAAUAUUCGGAGAGAUCUUUCACAAUUCUCGCUUUCAUUCAAUCCUGAACGAGAAAGCAACUUUCGUUUUGCCUCUCCCGGUUUUCACAUUCAUUUAGGUCACCUUAUCUCGCUAUUUCGUCUUCUAUUUCAUUAGCCGAUAGGUGAUUAUUCGGUUUCUCUUCCAACAUGUUGUUGAGGAACUCUUUUUUGUUGACAUUAGCAAUAAUUGGCGGCUCGUUUGCCAAGGAGGAGGAGGAAAAAACACCUGCCGAAGAAAUGUUGGAUAGAAUGACUGUUAAUAUGGCUGGAGCUCUAGUUAAGAGUAUUUUCCCAGAAAUGGAUAGGAAACCAACAGAAGCCCCAACGCCAGCUCCUACACCACCACCACAGUCAUCCGAAAUUCGGAGGGCACCUAUCAAUCCAUUAAUCUCUUCAAUGGACGGCUAUUCUCCUCAGUUUGCCGCUUCGGAGUACAAUGCAAUGCCACAGCUUUCACAAGCCUCCGACACACCAAGGAACCCGUUUAGUUAUCAAGCUAAUCAGCCAUCAACCUACUCUUUGAUGCCACAAACAUCUAACAACAGAAUUAGUCAAUCAUCGGCUUCUGGAAUGGACAGUUUAGGAGCCCUUGCCUUUAGCGGAAUGAACGGAAUGAAAAAUCCUGAUAUUGCUGGAAUGUUGUCUGGUGGUGGUGGAACGCCAGAAGCCAUCAACGCAGUUCGUAAUCAAGCAUACCUCGCCGAGCUUUCGAAGCAUCAGUCUGAACUGAAUGCGUACAGCGCUAAACAGAUGGAAUACCUUGAUCAACAAAGAAGAUAUCAACAAGCUAUGAUUGAUCAUCAAGCCGGAGCUGCGCUAUUAAUGCAAAAGCAACAACAAGAAAUUAUCGCCAAACAAAUGCAAAAUAUGAAGCAAUCAUAUGGAGGGGGAGAGGCUCCGGCAGAAUCAAAGGAUUUUGAUGAGAACGACAAUACCGUUGGAGGACGGUACCUCACCGCGCGUGCAAGAGGUGUGAAGACGAUGAAAGUUCCGACAAACAGAAAAUUGGAGGACGACGACGUUGUGGCCAAUGAUGAAUAUUUGAAAGAGUAUUUUAAACAGAAAUAUAACAUUGAUAUCCCAGACGAUGUGAGCCAAUUGACAGCCGAUGAAAAAGCAACUCUCAGAGCAUUAAAGCGUGAAUUGACUCGCCAGAAAGAUAAGGUUAAGGAAAAGGGAGUUUUCAAAACUAUGGAUAGCUUGAAAGGAAAAAUGACAGAAGAAAGAGCUGCUCCAUCGAAAAACCUCCAAACGGAAGCAUGCGAUCAGUGUAUCCCAAUGAAUCUGAAAAUGGUCAGAGGAGCAUGGACUCAAAUCUAUGGAAAUCCAAAAGUUGUCAACAAGAUUUUCGGGACAGUUAUGAGCUUGGAGAACAUGAAGUCAGCCACCGGAAGUAUUAAAAUGACAAGCAAGAAGACAUCCUGCGUUGGAAUGGAAGUUGGAGCAGCUAGUAGUCAUAGAAAAUCUUCAAAAAUGAACCUUUUCUUCCGUGAUUCGGAUGAAGGAAAUGAACUCCACGAGAUGAGAGGAACCGUAACCGUCAAAGAUAACAUUAUGAGUCUUGAAACCAACCUUUACCGUACCCAUAUGUGUCUGGUCAAGGCUGGUCCAUCUGAAUCUGACAGAUUCGAGUAUGUGAUUUUGUCAGAAACAACUGGAAAAUACGCUUGCAAAUCGUAUCAUGUGUUCGUGAGAAAUACGGAUGACUUUAAUAGGCGGCACUUUGAUGAUGUCUCUGAAUAUAUGAAAUCGCAAGCUGAUGCAAUGCCACUCGGAGCCCUUCCGAAAUCCUCUCUUUGUGAACUUGGAAGUCCAUAAAAAUUGGAUUUAUGUUGGAAAAUAAUUUAUAUGUAUCAAUUAAUAAUUUUUUCUGCAUUUCUAAUAAGCAAUACACAUUGAAUCAAUGAAUAGCAUGACAGUAGAAAAAAAAGAAAGUUCAAAACAUGAAGUUGGUAUU